AUGGCCUCAGUUCAGACUACCAUUCCCCAUCCCCUGUCGUCUGCCGCCUCUGAGCAGGGACAGCUUCCGGCAGGCUUCCCUGCUGUCUUGGACAGCAGCCUUGCAUGGAUCGGUGCCGACUACAAGAACGCCGAGAGCUAUACCUGUCAACUCACAGACGCUGACAUUGCCGAGAUCGAGGAUGCCGUCAAGCACUUUAAGUCUCUGGAUCUCAAGGGAAGCCAAGUCACCCGAGACACAUUCCCGCUCAAGACCCUCGGUAAUAUCCUCGAUGGAGUCUCGGCCGAGAUCUACGAGGGCAGAGGUUUUGCCCUCCUCCGCGGCCUGGAUGUCCAGAAAUACUCAGUCGAAGACUUGACUCUCAUCUUCCUGGGUUUGCAGUCUUACGUUGCCGAUCAACGCGGCCGUCAAGAUGCCAAGGGAAACAUGCUGGUGCACGUUAUUCAGGACCAGACAAACAAGAUGGCUGCGAACCACCACCGCCACUCGAACAAAGCCAUUACGUUCCACACUGACGAGGACGGAGACGUGAUUGGAUGGCUGACUCGGGGCCAGGCUGCCCAAGGUGGCAGCAGCGUCAUCGCUUCCGCAUACGCCAUUUAUAACCUCCUAGCAACAGAGCACCCGGAACUGAUUGGCGCUUUGGCAUCGCCAUUCACCUUCUCGAUUCCCAAGGUUGAGCGCCGCCCUGCCAUUUUCUAUCAUGAGGGAAGACUUAUCGUCAACUUUGGCCGCACCCCUCUGAUUGGUAGCGAGGCCCACCCUCGCGACCAAAAACUGCCACUCCCGACGGAUGAGCAGCUCAAGGCACUCGAUCUUGUCGAGGAGAUUGCUCACCGAGUCGAGCUGCGCAUCAAGACUCAACCCGGCGAUAUUCACUUCAUCAACAACAUGGCCGUUCUGCAUCGCCGGGAUGCUUUCACCAACAAUGCUACCGAGGCGGAGUUUGGACGUCGUCACCUCGUCCGGGUUCGCUGCCGCGACUCCCGUCGUGGUUGGGUCAUUCCCAAGGAUCUCAAGUAUGCGUGGGACGACGCCUUUUCGAUUGACGUGCGCCGCGGAGAGUCUUGGAACCUCGAGCCCAAGUCGGAGCUGUACUUCCCCCUGAGAAAGAACCCCAACUAG